AUGGCAGAGGCGCAAGCGCUGUUGCAGGGCCUGGAGCUGGUUUGGGCUCGAGGAUACAGGGACGUUGUAGUCGAGGUGGACUGUGCUGAACUGAUACAAAGCUUAGAUGAUGAGGACCGCAGGAGUUUCCUCCCUAUCCUGAGUGAUAUCAGGCACAUGAAGGUCAUAGGUUGGCGUAUCUCAUUGGAGCGAGUUAGAAGGGAGUGUAAUGCCCAGGCGGACUACCUGGCUAAAUUGGGUGCGCGCUCACCGGGUGUCGAUUAUAGCUUCUUGGAUAAGCCUCCGUUGGAAGUAGAGACUCUUUUCAUGAGAGAUUCUUUGCUUGCCUACACAAAAAUAUAUUAUCAAGUAAUUUUGUUUGACAAGUUAUAUGUGCAAAUGACUAAUAUGUUGUUUUUUAUCUUCUCCUUGUGCUUGGUGGCUAGCAAUACAAGCAACAGGGUUGACGGAAUGCGACAUACACUGAAAACAGAUUUGGAGUUGGAAAGACAGUUAAAACUUAUUAACAAGACUCCUAUAAAGAUUAUUCAUACAAAGUCUGGGCAGAUUAUUGAUUGCAUUGAUAUAAGGAAUCAACCAGCCUUUGACCAUCCUUUGCUGCAGAAUCAUAAGUUGCAGAGAAAACCAAGCUUUAAGAGCAUAACGGGAAAAAAUAUUAUCAAUAAUUCUAUUUCCAAACCGGAAUUUGGCCUUGGGAAGAAUCAUUGUCCCACAGGAACUAUUCCAAUUCGAAGGACUACAAAAGAUGAUCUAAUUCGAGGUAAAUCAGUGGUCGAUUAUCAUGACAUGAGACCAAGUUCUCUCGAUGUUCAUCAUGCGCAAGUAGUUCAAAAACCAAUUUCUGGAAUCAGUUAUCAUGGAGUUCGUGGAACUAAUAGCAUUUACAAUCCGAGAGUUAACAAGAAUCAAUCAAGUUUGUCUCAUAUGUGGGUUCAAAAUGGAUCAGAAGAUGAUAUGAAUGCAAUCUCCGUUGGGUGGCAAGUGUCUCCAUAUCUCUACGGCGAUGAUCGAACUUAUCUUUUCACAUUCUGGACGUCGUCACACAACUCGAAGAAGACUGGAUGCUACAAUGUAUUAUGUCAGGGUUUCAUUCAGAUUGACAAAGAAGUCUACAUCGGAGGAGUUAUUGACAGAACAUCUGUCUACGGUGGACCUCAGUUUGAGAUGACGGUUUCUCUAUCACAGGACAACAUAACAAAAAAUUGGUGGGUGAUUAUCAACGAUAAAAACAUUGGAUAUUUUCCAGCAGUUUUAUUCUCCAACUUGAAUUCAGCUUCUCUAUUGGGAUGGGGUGGAAAAACAACUACUCCACAUGGAACUCCUAGUCCUCCAAUGGGAUCAGGACAAUUUCCUGAUGAUAACUUUUCCCAUGCAUGUUAUUUUAAGCAUAUUUCAUAUCAGGAUGAAUCUAGUGAACAUUACACGCCAAGUGAUUUUAUGAUACGUACAUUCACAGACAAACCGAAUUGCUUUGGAGCUAAAUAUUAUGGAGAUCAAGAAGGGGAAGAUAAACAUUCUCUCAUAUUUGGUGGACCUGGUGGUGAAUGUGGAAAUUGA